UUCUUUGAAGGGAUUAAUCUAUUAAUUAAACAAUUAAUAUAAACAUGACAGCAGGUCGAUGAAGUUGAUCUUCUGAGAAUAUAUGUAAAGACGGAGAACUGAAGUUGAAAGAUAGUGAUUUGCCCAAACCCACGCAAACGCACCGAAAGAGAUGAAACCUGAACCCAGUUCCCUCAGAGGUCAAUCCUCUUCUGUAUCCACCAGAUUUUGAUCUGUUGAGAUAUAAAUCUAGCACUUCUACCUGGAUAAAGGAAAGGGUUUGUUACAGCCUGAAAUGGAUUGGGGUUGUUUCGUGGUGUAAGUAAAGGAAGAGAGGGCAACAAGCCCAACAUAGUUUCUCCCCUCCCCAUCCCAUUUACUUUUAUAACCUUCUAAGGAAGAAGCACCCGGUCUGGAGGGGGAAAAAUCCGUAAUUUCUGAUUGGCCGAGGACACCUCUUGAUUGACACGCGUUCUCCCUCGCUUGGUCCCGCCCCGUCCCAGUCACUUUAUUGACACUAAUGAGCAAGUUCUUCCCACCGGUCUCCUGCCUGGAAGUGCUGACAGAUCAAGGCAACAAAUUUCAAUUACAAGCCCUAAUUUGUGUCCGCAGAGCGUUUGUUACCCAUGUCAGAGCUGUUUGGCCCCUCAGACGAGGCAGAGCUUGCAGGAGGAGGAGGAGGGGAAGAAGAAGAAGAAGGGAAGCGCCGCUUCUGCAAAAAGAAACGCUUUGGGCUUGGAGAAAAGAGAGUGAAGCGGGGGGAAAGCCCACCCCGAACGACUUUGGGCUGCUAGAAGUUGGAUGUAAAGGAAAAGGCGACGAGAAGACGAGCUGCGCGGCCUGGAAGGAGGAAGGUAGGCAGGGCGCCGAGGAACCGAGGGCUUUGAGCCCACCGGCCUGGGCAUGAUGGCAGAGAAAAGGAGAGCCUCGCCUUGCACCAUGCUGAGCCUCAAGGCUCACGCUUUCUCUGUGGAGGCGUUGAUCGGAGCUGAGAAGCAGCAGCAGCAACAGUCGCAGAAGCGACGGAAGCUGGCGGGAGCAAUCGGAGAAGAGCCGCCGGCCGAAGGGGGCAGCAGCUGCGACAAGGGCUCCGGAGAAGGCGCAGAUAGCAGCACCGCUUUGCCGCUCAACACUGGGACGGGAUCGGCCGCGGCCGACGCGGAGAGGAACUGCGGCGCCCGGGCAUUGCCUCCCGGUGGCUGCGAAGAGAGUUUCCGAAGGACGACGUCUCCCCCACUGUCCCCCGGCGGUCCUGCCAAAGUGGGUGACUCUAGGCCAGCUUCUCCUCUGCUUGCUCCGCAAGUGCCUCGAGUGGACCUGCAGGGCGCAGAGCUCUGGAAGCGCUUCCACGAGAUCGGCACCGAAAUGAUUAUCACCAAGGCGGGAAGACGGAUGUUUCCUGCCAUGAGAGUGAAAAUUUCAGGUCUAGACCCUCAUCAACAAUAUUAUAUUGCUAUGGACAUUGUCCCAGUGGAUAACAAAAGAUACAGGUAUGUGUAUCACAGUUCCAAAUGGAUGGUGGCUGGUAAUGCUGACUCACCUGUGCCUCCCCGUGUGUAUAUUCACCCAGAUUCACCUGCAUCAGGAGAAACGUGGAUGAGGCAAGUGAUUAGCUUUGACAAACUGAAACUUACAAACAAUGAACUGGAUGACCAAGGCCAUAUUAUCCUCCACUCUAUGCAUAAAUAUCAGCCACGUGUCCAUGUCAUUCGGAAAGACUGUGGAGAUGAUCUCUCUCCAGUGAAACCCAUCCCUUCAGGAGAGGGGGUGAAAGCAUUUUCCUUUCCUGAAACUGUUUUCACAACUGUCACAGCAUACCAAAACCAACAGAUCACUCGACUCAAAAUUGAUAGGAACCCAUUUGCCAAAGGAUUUAGAGAUUCUGGACGUAACAGGAUGGGAUUGGAAGCUUUGGUAGAGUCUUAUGCCUUCUGGAGACCCUCAUUGAGAACACUUACAUUUGAAGAUAUACCGGGUAUUGCAAAACAAGGAAACACCGGCUCCUCUGCUUUGCUCCAGGGAACUGGCAAUGGAGUACCAAACACUCACCCCCAUCUCCUUUCUGGGUCCCCUUGCUCUUCUCCUGCUUUCCACCUUGCUCCCAACACUAGCCAGCUCUGCAGCCUCACUCCAGCAGACUACACAGCUUGUGCCCGCUCAGGGCUAGCCCUGAACAGAUAUAGCACUUCAUUGGCCGAAACGUACAACAGGCUUACAAACCAAACCAGCGAGACGUUUGCAACCCCAAGGACUCCGUCUUACGUUGGCGUAUCAAGUAGUUCAACUGUGAACAUGUCUGUGACGGGGAGUGACAGCGAUGCAUUCAGCUGCCCUCAAACGGGCUUAUCAAUGCAGCUUUCAGGGAUGUCUCCACAGCUCCAGUACAUUAUGCCCUCCCCAUCAGGCAAUGCCUUUGCCACAAAUCAAACCCACCAGAGCUCCUACAACACUUUCAGACUGCACAGUCCUUGUGCUCUCUAUGGAUACAACUUCUCCACAUCCCCCAAACUGGCUGCCAGUCCUGAGAAAAUAGUUUCUUCCCAAGGAAGUUUCUUGGGGUCGUCGCCAAGUGGAACCAUGACCGAUCGGCAGAUGUUGCCCCCUGUAGAAGGAGUGCACUUACUUAGCAGCGGGGGGCAGCAAAAUUUCUUUGACUCUAGGACCCUAGGAAGCUUAACGCUGUCAUCAUCUCAAGUAUCUGCACAUAUGGUUUGAUAAAGCCUUUUUAAAAUAAAAAGAGUACAGUUUUGCA